CCAUUCGACUCGGGAUCCAGCCUUGAGAGGAGGAGCGUGCAUGCCGCGCGCACAGGCCCGGGGUGUCCAGGGGAGAGGAGAGGGAGGCUGUCUCAGGUUUCACAGACCUGCAGGAGGACUCACGGAGAGGAGGACUAGUGGCACAAACGGAGCGCAGCACCGAGGAAUCAACAGCCCGUCCUUCUGGUCCGGAACAUCCUGACUGAUGGAGCUGCACAGGGACUCCUAACCUGAGGUUCUGUAGCUUUCCGCGUGACGCACGGAGGUCUGGAGACAGAUCCAAGAACAGUUUCUCCUCCAAAGAGGCUGCAGCGCUUCUGAGUGGAUUAGAGUCCAGUUGGAUGUUCAGAAUGGGAGAAGAACAGACGUGGAGAGCCGCUGAUGGGGACAGGACAAGGACUCGUGUGGAUUUGCACCGACAACCUUCUAAACCGCGGACGAACUGGAGGAGCGUGUCCGGUUUGACGGUUUGUUUCGCGGUGUCGCUUCUGUGCCUUGGAGUUUGUGUUUUUGUGAUUGUUCGGAGCUCGGAGAUGAAGUCCCGGAUAGUGAGUCUGGAGCAGCAGCGGGACGCCUGGAUGUUGUCCCGGGAGCAGGUGGAACCGCUGGUCCUGGGUCAGCUGGAGCGGAUCCUGGAGGAGAAACUUGCAGCUCGACUGCCGAAGUCCCGGGAGGCAAGAGACGUUCUUCAUGGCUGCCUGUGUCCCCCUGGUAGGGUCUCCAGCUGUCCUCCUUUCCCAUGUCUCACUUUCACACUCUGAGUGUGAGUUUUCAUGCUCAGAGAAGAUCUAGAUGUUUGUUAGGUGUGUGUGUGUGUGUGUGUGUGUGUGUGUGUGUGUGUGUGUGUGUGUGUGUGUGCGCGCACGAGUGUGCGCACAGCAGACUCUAUGUAACACUAGGUUUAGAGCAGCAAAACCUCUACGCUGGCUUUAAGCGAGGAGACAGGAUGUGAGCUAGCCUUAGCCCCGUGUUCAGCUAGCAUACACACACACACACACACACACACACACACACACACACACACACACACACACACACACACACACACACACACUCACACGCACACGUGUGCAGGACUGGGUGUAAAAAAGUCUGAACCCUUGUAAAUAAAUGGUCCCGUUUUAGAGAAAAGUGUUAUCACAAACAGAAGCUUCAUCACCAUUGGUGAGUCGAACAGAACAGAGUUUAGUUCAGAAACUCUCUCAGCGAGCUGGCAUCAUGCAUGCACGGGGAUUUGAACCUGCAACCCUCUUGCUGCGUGGCUGCAGUGCUAAGAUGUCAUUUAUGUUUCUCGGCCAUCUCUCCCUGCUCCAUUCUGGCUGAUCCCACUGAUGCAGGGCCCCGGCGGCAGCUCCAAGUCCACCCGUCAUUUUAGUUUAAUGACUGCAUUUGUUUGAGUUUAGCUCGGUGGAUUUAUAACACUAAAAAUAGUCUUUAGCUGAAAUGCUGAC